UCUCCCUGGUCUUGUUUCCCCUCUCUUCCUAUUGUUCCCUCUCACUAUUUUUCCAUCUUCCCUCUGUCCACUAAUCAGCGACGAUUCAUCUUCUGCUUUAUAAACAGUCAUGACAUUUUCAUCAGAUCAGAGCUCUCCUUCCGUCCAGCCUUCCGGCAGAGAGAGCAUUCAGCAUUAAACAGCAGUGGAAUGGAGCGAUGAGACACUGUAGCAGCAUCAGCCGCAUGACUGUGUAAGGAAGCAUUGAAAGAAGGCAGGACGCAGGAUACUGCUACCGCUACCAAUCUGCUUUAUUUCAUUAGUGCUGCACCUUGGUGAUGUAUAAAGAAACCAACCCAGCACCAGGACUUCCAUCUAUUGUGUUUUCUCCACAGCGGCUGAUGCUGUUCUUCCCCUGCUAACAAAGCCGUGUGUAGUGUCUCAUGGUCUCUUUCCCAUGAAUGAGGUGCCCAUGCAUGAUAAUUAUGCCAUAAGCAGCUGACGUUAAUUGUACAUCCUAGCAUCUCUCAGUCUGGACAGAAUGCAGCAGAUGUGACCUGAUCUCAACAGAGGAAACUGCUGCUAUAGCUUCUGAUAGGCAUCUACUGUCCACAUCAUGUUUGACCGGGUCUGGAUGUGGGGAAAGGCAAACGGACCUCUUGGAGAGAAAGGGCUCCGCUUGUCGUAGUCUGCCUCUGACAACUCAUGGUGGUGCUGUCUCCGUCGUUUCUGAUACCAUCUGCUGCAUCACCGUACCUCCCACUCAGUCUGUCAAAUGAACGCCACCUACCCGCCUGUACCUAUGUGCCACACGCAGGACUGGGUGUUUUAUAAGGCAGCCGCAGCAUCAGUGUGCACAAUGCUGUAAAAACACAGGGAGAGACAGUGAUCAGCGCUAUGAGAGAGAGAGUGGCGGGGGGGAGAGAGAGAACAGAGAUAGAAAGAGAGGGAGAACCAGAGCCUGAGCAACAGGGGGAGAAACAGACGCACCAGAGAGAGAGACAGAAAGAGACAGGAAAAAAAGAGAGCGAGCACCAGAGAGAGAGCUACUCUUGGGAGAGAUUGAAACCCCUGACAGUCAGACACUGUUGGUGUGCUUUGGAAAUUGCUUCCUGCCUGCCUGCCUGCCUGCCUGACAGACCUGCAGUGUGAAGCCACUGUCUCCCUCUCUGAUACACUAAUCGACUAAUGAGUGCAGUAAUGCAGGAGCUGUAGAGAGAAGAGACCCAAGCCUCCGUGACUACAGCUGAAGGAUGAUGCUCUGAGCACAGGACCGCAGAGCGCUCUGAGGAUACAGCGAUUCACACCGCAGAGUGCAGGGAGGGCUGGUGUAGUGUGUGUACCUGAGAUACCGCCUCUUACCACUGUACCUUGUAACACAUUGAGCACGGAUAUGGACGAACUGUGUACCUAUACAGAUGGCGUGGACGACAACUCCAUGAAGUAUCCAGCGACGGAGCAGUCAGAGAAAAUGUGGAUGCGACUCAAGGGAAUGCAAAAGUACAAAGACACAUCUCAAAGAUUGAGAUGCCUGGUAAAGCAGCUCGACAAGGGAGAAGUGAAUGUGGUGGACUUGAAGAGAAACAUAGAGUAUGCCGCCUCUGUCCUAGAGGCAGUGUACAUCGAUGAAACCAGGCGUCUUCUGGACACUGAGGAUGAACUCAGUGAUAUUCAGGCAGACUCAGUCCCCACGGAGGUGCGCGAUUGGUUGGCCUCCACCUUCACCAGGAAGAUGGGCGUGGUCCGGAGACGUCCAGAGGAGAAGCCCCGGUUCAGGAGCAUUGUCCACGCUGUGCAGGCGGGGAUCUUUGUCGAGAGGAUGUACAGACGGACUUCUAACAUGGCUGGGCUGACAUACCCUCCAUCUGCCAUUGCUGCUUUGAAGGAUGUAGAUAACUGGUCCUUUGAUGUGUUUGCGCUACACAAGGCCAGCUGUGAACAUGCACUGAAGUUCCUGGUGUACGAACUCCUCACCCGCUAUGACCUGAUCAACCGCUUCAGGAUACCAGUGUCGUCUCUGGUGGCCUUUGUGGAGGCUUUAGAGGUGGGCUACAGCAAACACAAAAACCCCUACCAUAACCUGAUCCACGCUGCCGACGUCACUCAGACAGCACACUAUCUGAUGCUUCACACUGGCAUUAUGCACUGGCUCACCGAAUUGGAAAUCCUGGCAAUGGUGUUUGCUGCAGCCAUUCACGACUUUGAACACACCGGGACAACCAACAAUUUCCACAUCCAGACCAGGUCAGAGGUGGCCAUCUUGUACAACGACCGGUCAGUUCUGGAGAACCAUCAUGUCAGCGCUGCCUACAGACUGAUGCAAGAUGAUGAGAUGAAUAUACUAGUCAACCUGCCGAAAGAUGACUGGCGGGAGCUGCGGACCCUGGUGGUUGAAAUGGUGAUGAGUACAGAUAUGUCCUGCCAUUUCCAGCAGAUCAAAACCAUGAGGAAUUCACUGCAGCAGCCUGAAGGAGUAGACAAGGCUAAAGCCCUAUCUCUGAUGCUGCAUGCAGCUGACAUCAGCCACCCAGCCAAGGCCUGGAAACUGCACUACCGAUGGACUCAAGCCCUGAUGGAAGAGUUCUUCAGACAGGGUGAUAAGGAGAUUGAGUUGGGGCUGCCAUUCUCUCCUCUCUGUGAUCGUAAAGCUACAAUGAUUGCUCAGUCUCAAAUAGGGUUCAUUGACUUCAUAGUGGAACCCACAUUCUCUGUGUUGGUGGACACAACAGAGAAGAUCAUUACUCCUCUCAUAGAGGAUACCUUAAAGUCACAGGACACUGGUGUCCGCAGGUCAAGUUUGACAGGUAGUGGGUCGGUGACAGUGGUGGAGUCAGUCCAGAGACACAGUGUCCGAGGCUCUAGCCAGGGGGAAGACCAGGGGGUCACAACAGAUUAUAGUCUGACAGGCAUCGACCUGAAACGAGUGAGACGCACGCUAGCCGAGGUUAUCCAACACAACAAAGACCGAUGGAAGGAGCUUUCUGUACAUGAGUUGGCAAGUAAAGAGAGAGCUAAACUGAACCCUGAACCAGAGGAGUCCCAGAUUAACACAGAGGUUACGUUGACUCACUCCAGCCCAGAGAGAGACAGCCAGGAUCCCCAAUCAGAGCCCUUCAAUGAACUGUUUAACAACACAAACUCCAAUAACUCUUCCCAGGAUAUUUCAGACCUAGACAUCCGUCCUCAAAGUCCCCAGUCCCCGUCUGAUGUUAAAGAGACAAGAUCACCUGUGCCCAUCUCUGCUGAACACCUUCCGUGUAACGGAGAAGGCUCUGGGCCAGUCCUUGAAGCAGGGGAGGAGCCUCUUCCGAGCACUUGAUUCUGUUAAGCUACCCAACAACGCUGCAACUUCCUGAUUCAGCAGGCAUUAUGUGUUUGUUUUUUUAUUGUAAAUUUGUUCUGAUUUUAUUUUCAGUCUAUUAUUGUAAGGUUAUUUAUUAAACAUGGGAGUGUUCUUGCUCCUCUUUCCACCGCAA